AUGCCAAGAGAUAGGGCCUCCGUGAGGUGCUCCACACUUGAUGUGUGGAGGCUGCAAACUCCACGCGUCCGAGUGUGGAGCCUCACUCCGCACCGGGCAGUGUGGACGUCCUCGCAGUUGGUUUGGCAGCGGACGCGCGAAACCGAGCGCCACCCCGAGGGCCACCCCGAGGGCCACCCCGAGAGCCACCCCGAGGGCCACCCCGAGGGCCACCCCGAGGGCCACCCCGAGGGCCACCCCGAUGGCCACCCCGAGGGCCACCCCGAGGGCCACCCCGAGGGCCACCCCGAGGGCCACCCCGAGGGCCACCCCGAGGGCCACCCCGAGGGCCACCCCGAGGGCCACCCCGAGGGCCACCCCGAGGGCCACCCCGAUGGCCACCCCGAGGGCCACCCCGAGGGCCACCCCGAGGGCCACCCCGAGGGCCACCCCGAGGGCCACCCCGAGGGCCACCCCGAGGGCCACCCCGAGGGCCACCCCGAGGGCCACCCCGAGGGCCACCCCGAGGGCCACCCCGAGGGCCACCCCGAGGGCCACCCCGAGGGCCACCCCGAGGGCCACCCCGAGGGCCACCCCGAGGGCCACCCCGAGGGCCACCCCGAGGGCCACCCCGAGGGCCACCCCGAGGGCCACCCCGAGGGCCACCCCGAGGGCCACCCCGAGGGCCACCCCGAGGGCCACCCCGAGGGCCACCCCGAGGGUCACCCCGAGGGCCACCCCGAGGGCCACCCCGAGGGCCACCCCGAGGGCCACCCCGAGGGCCACCCCGAGGGCCACCCCGAGGGCCACCCCGAGGGCCACCCCGAGGGCCAUCCCGAGGUUCUAUAUUUAUGCAUAAGAGACAAAACAGUGGAGCAUAUGACAAAUAAAGGAACGGUUGAAACAUUAAAAAGAUAG